AUUGGAAAGCGGAUCGCAGCUUCCUCGAAGGGAGCCUUUGACCUUGAAGCUUGCUGCUGGCAGGGUGGCUUUUUGCGAUCGCUCCAAUUUGGGGCGCAAGUACCCGCUGGCUUCGCCCCCAACCCCCGCGAAGAUGCGGCUUGGGGGGCGCGCGCGCGUUUCCACCUGACUCUCUCCCUCGCCCCCUCCCCGGAGCGUUGCAGUGAGAAAGGGAGAGUCUCCCGCUCGGCUGCCGCUGUUUCUCUCCACGUGUCCGCCGCCAGAGGCAGCAGCGUCGGCGGCGGGAUGGUGGCGAGGUGCUGCGGCUGCCGCCGGGCCCUGGCGGUGGUGCCUCCCGGCGCGCUCUGCCUGGGCGCGGCGCUCAGCGGGCUCUUCAGCUUCGGCUUCUUGGCCGCGGCCCUGGGCACCGAUUACUGGUACCUGGUGAGCGUGGACUCGGCCAACAGCAGCGCUGGGGACGCCGAGCAGCUGAGUUCCCACUCCGGACUCUGGCGCCUCUGCGAAGGGCAGAACGCCUGCACGCCUCUGAUAGACCCGUUCGGCACAGAGAGUUGGCAAGUUCCCGCAUCGCUCCAGCAUCUUAUAUCCAUGCAUCGAGCCUUUGUGGUCCUGCUGCCUCUCAGCCUCGUCUUGAUCGUCUUUGGCUGGAUCUGUGGGGUCAUCGGUUCCUUGGUCCAGAGCUCCCGUCUUUUGCUCUUCACAGGCUUCUAUUUUCUGCUGGGUGCACUGCUGACCCUGUCGGGAACCAGCACCUACAUCUGCUACUCCAGCGCAGCCUUCGCCGAGACAGUGCGCAUGUUUGACCAGCAGCGCUUUGAGCACGUCCGCAUCGCCUUUGGCUGGUCCCUGGCCCUUGCCUGGCUCUCUUUCAGCACCGAGGGGUUGGCCGGCAUCCUGCUUCUCCUGGCCGCUCGGGGGCUCCGCCUGAAGCCGGAUGCCUGUGCGGUGUUCAUCUGAUGCAUGGUCAGGGCUGUGACGUAACCCUACUCUGCUUGAUUGGCCUUCUUGGGGUGAAAAUUCCACUGCUGCCGAUCCCCCUCUUGUCGUGCAGCCACAAGACGUAACCUGCAUGGACCGCAAGGCGUUACAAAGAUCUGCUUGUGGGUGUGCCAGGCUGAGGGAUGCAUGUGGAAGGGGCGAGGGACCCCCAUCGAUAAGGCGCAGCGGUUGCCAUCCUUACAUGCUGGGUUCAUUACUCAACUCUUGGUGUGCAAGCAGAGCUGAGGAAGAGAAACAGCUAGGGCCUUGUUCCUCACCCAAGGGUAGGAGGCCUGUGUGACCCAUCCAGAUGUUUCUGGACUCCAGUUUCCAUCAGCCCCAGCCAGCAUGGCCAAUGGGCCUGGGGUGAUGGGAGCUGUAGUCCAGCAACAUCUGGACUAGCUCCCCAUCCCUGUUCUAACUCAACACCUGAAGGAUCCAUGGCUCCUUCUCCCUGUUUCUUGGUAUGCAUAGCUGAUGCUCCUUCCCUUCCAAGCAUGCCCCUCUGCUGGUCCUCCUUGAUGCAUCUGGGGCCUCUUGAAUUAAAAAGGGCUCCGGUAGGAA